UUCGUGCAUUGGCCGUUUGUAUUCUUUCUUCUAUCCUCGAACGACUUACACCAGAAGCAAAAAACGACACGAGAAAACCCUCUUUCCUCCUUUUCGUUUAUAUCAUUAAGGGUUAAGGGUUAAAGGAUUCGAAAUGAGGAUUGCAAUCGGAUACCGUAAUCCCCUUAUGCAUUUAAAAAAGGGUUUUUAAUAGGCGGAUAAGACGGGCAUCAAUUCUUGAAUUGCAGUGAAAUUGAUUUUUGAAUUUGGGAAUCAACUUCUUGGUGGUGUGGUUGCAUGGCAAGCUUUGAGGGUAGGGUUUCGUAUUCGUCGCUUUCAAAGCUUGAAAAGGAGAAAAAUAACGCGUAUCAAUUUGAUGAUAAUUAUGGUGAUUCUGUUUGGAAUGUGCCACAAGACAAAAGUAUUGUCCCAUUGGGCUCAAAGUCGAUGAAAAAAGAUUAUCUUUAUCAGUUUUCGGAUGAAUCCGAUGAUUUUAUUGAUGGUGGAUAUGAUUUGGGUGAUGAUGUCUGUAAGUCAAUGCGGAAUGGCUUGCAACCAGAGGUGAACUUGAAGAAUGUGUUGAGUGGGUUAUUUGCAAUCAUAACUGGGCGUAAUAAAGGCUCCCUGAGUGUUUCUGUAAAUCAGCAGAACCAAAGUUCUAAUGUUUCAUUUCUGGGGUCCGGAAAGAAUGGAGAUACCUAUUUGCACUCCUCUGUUUAUAUACCAAGUGCCCCGCCACUUCUGGAGCCAAGUGGGAUAAAUUAUAAUGCAUAUAAAGAGGUGUUGGAAGCCGAGCCUCCGGAGUGGCUUCCAGAUAGUUCUACUACAGUUUGCAUGCAGUGCAGUGCUCCCUUUACUGCAAUUACACGUGGCAGACAUCAUUGCCGAUUUUGUGGAGGGAUUUUCUGCAGAGCAUGUUCUAAGGGAAGGUGCUUGCUACCUGUUAAAUUUAGGGAAAGAAAUCCCCAAAGGGUGUGUGAUUCUUGCUAUGAUAGGCUUGAUCCGUUGCAGGGUGUUCUUAUUAACACCAUUAGCAAUGCCGUGCAAGUAGCAAAACAUGACGUCAUGGAUUGGACAUGUACUCGAGGUUGGUUGAACUUGCCGGUUGGUUUGUCCAUGGAACAUGAGAUCUACAAAGCAUCAAAUACCCUGAGAAGCUAUUGCCAGGUUGCUAGGUUGAAUCCAGAGAGAUCUAUACCACUGGCAGUUCUGAAAGGAGCCAAAGGCUUAGCUAUUUUAACUGUUGUUAAAGCUGGAGUUCUUGUUGCUUACAAACUUGGGACUGGUCUUGUUAUUGCUCGAAGGUCAGAUGGAACAUGGUCUGCACCAUCAGCUAUAUUCUCUGUUGGUUUAGGUUGGGGUGCUCAGAUUGGAGGUGAACUCAUGGAUUUCGUAAUUGUGCUUCAUGAUUCAAAAGCCGUGAAGACAUUUUGCAGUCGAAUGCAUUUUUCUCUUGGUGCUGGCUGCAGUGCUGCUGCAGGACCCAUGGGGAGAGUGCUGGAAGCAGAUCUUCGGGUGGGGGAUAGAGGCUCUGGCAUGUGCUACACUUACAGUUGUAGCAAAGGGGCUUUUGUUGGUGUGUCAUUGGAAGGGAACAUUGUUGCAACAAGAAUGGAUACCAACCUACAGUUCUAUGGUGAUCCUUAUGUCACCACUGCUGACAUAUUACUUGGUGCCGUGGACAGACCAAGGGCUGCUGAGCCCUUGUAUGUUGCUCUGGAUGAGCUCUACUCUAGCCUACAUUCUUAGUUCCAGCACCAUUUGGGUACAAUAUCUUGCUGCACCUUGUGAAACAAGCAACAACUCGACUACAUGGUGCAAAUAUGCAUCUACAUUUUCUAAGCCAAAUUUCGCAUUGGGUCAAAUAUGCAUCUACAUUUAUCAAACAGACCAGUCAAUUACCAUGUAAAUAUUUCUUAUUCUUGUGUAUUUUUAUGUAGGGAAAUUUGUGAUAACUUUUGUGUUCUGUGUGCUUGAUUCAAUAAUUUGUAUAGCGAGAAAGGGAACAAAGGUUUAGCUGCUUAUCUUUAUUUUCCGUAGCCAAUGCAGCCCUUGAACCUUCAAAUCUCCAUAUAG